AUGGGGAUGAAAACAGUUUUUGUUUGGUUCAUAUGGUUGGGGUUGGUGGAUUUUGCUGUAGGAGGAAGGGUGAGGCACUACAAGUUUGAUGUGGAGUACAUGAUCAAAUCGCCAGAUUGCUUGGAACACGUUGUGAUGGGAAUCAACGGCCAGUUUCCAGGACCAACUAUUAGGGCUGAAGUUGGUGACACUCUUGAUAUUGCUCUCACCAACAAGCUUUUCACUGAGGGAACAGUCAUUCAUUCACUGGCAUGGAAUCAGACAGCCUGGAACAUAUUUCUACCAUGGUCACCAUGGUAUGCGAGCAGCAGGGUUGUAUGGUUCAUUAAUAGUAGAUUUGCCAAAGGGACAAAGGAACCGUUUCAUUAUGAUGGUGAGUUCAAUCUUCUUCUAAGUGAUUUGUGGCACACCGGCUCUCAUGAACAAGAAGUUGGUCUCUCCACAAAACCAUUAAAAUGGAUUGAUGAACCUCAGACUCUGCUGAUCAAUGGAAGUGGGCAAUUCAAUUGCUCCCUGGCAGCUAAAUUUACCAACACCACCCUACCCCAGUGCCAAUUUAAAGGUGGUGAAAAAUGUGCCCCUCAAAUUCUUCAUGUUGAGCCAAACAAGACCUACAGGAUUAGGAUUGCCAGCACCACUUCUCUAGCUGCACUCAACUUAGCCAUUUCGAAUCACAAACUUGUUGUGGUGGAAGCUGAUGGAAACUAUGUUACACCAUUUGCGGUUGAUGAUAUGGAUAUUUACUCUGGAGAGUCCUACUCAGUUCUCCUUCGCACAGAUCAAUAUCCAAACAAAAACUACUGGCUUUCAGUUGGGGUUAGGGGAAGAAAACCUAACACCACACAAGGCCUAACCAUUCUGAACUACAAGUCAAUCUCUGCCUCAGUUUUUCCAACUUCUCCACCACCUAUCACACCCAUUUGGAAUGAUUUUGAACGUAGUAAAGCAUUCACCAAGAAAAUCAUUGCCAAGAUGGGAACCCCACAACCUCCAAAACGUUCUGAUCGUACAAUUUUCCUCCUCAACACCCAAAAUCGCAUUGACGGUGAGAUUCACCCUUGGCACUUGCAUGGGCAUGACUUUUGGGUAUUGGGGUAUGGAGAAGGCAAAUUCAAACAAGGUGAUGAGAAGAAAUUCAACUUGACACAUGCACCAUUGAGGAACACUGCAGUUAUUUUUCCAUAUGGUUGGACUGCUCUGAGGUUUAAGGCAGAUAACCCAGUUGGAAAAAUCCCAAGGAAAGCACUAACUUGUGGGCUUACCGGGAAGAAGCUAGUAGAAAAUGGACACUACUGA